AUGGCCGCUCCUGCAAAGGCUCGGGCGGGGCUAGCUGACUCUUCGACGCUGCCGCCGUUCGUCGUCACCACCAUGAAGAUCCUCGAUCACUGGAGCCUCUCCGUCAUGCAUACCGUGGCCCUGGUCUUGUUAACCCUAGAUUCAAUUCUGGCCGCCUUCCGCGCCCGCGGCGAUGCACGGGCGAUGUCCUUCGUUUUGUGCUCUUAUGGCGUCUUGUUACUAUUCUACCGGUGUAUCCGUGGCUUCGAUUCUGUGCCCCGGCGGAGAAAGCGGGAGCUCUAUGUUGUCGUCUGGGUGCUGGGCAUGUUUCUGACAGUCGUAUUGUCUUACAGGAUGUCUUUUAUGAUGCCAUUUGGGUUCAGAGUUGUCACUUCCAUCUUGACAGGGUUCAUCAUCGUUGCUGGCUUAUACGCCGUAAUUGCUCUAGGUAGACCAUGGGCAAAUGCCACACAAAAACACUAGGGCUUUUUAAUUUCUCUUUUCCUUGCCCGUGUUCUUGCGUUCAACGAUCGCAGGGUCAUGAUUGAUUCCUUACCGUUCUUCUUUUUUGAGGGUUACAGGUCCCGGUGUUUACCCAGAUGACGGAAAGGAAGGUGGAGGGAAAAAAUUGGGGAACACCUUGCAAAGUUGA